AUGACCAACCUAAACAUUCACAUGCAACCAAACUGGCUACCUCUCACAGCACUACCGCGAUUCUGCUUCAGCUCAGCAAAGCAGCUACCUACGAAACAGCCUGAACCACCACAGCAACCCUCAAAAUCCUUCGCCGACCUCCCCGCAGAGCUUCGAAACCAGAUAUACAACUACACCCUCGUUCGAUCCGCCCCAAUCGAGCUACCUUAUGCAUAUGAGAAGGCAUACUUCCGCGAACCAGCACUACUGGCUGCAAACAGCUGGGUCCGCGCGGAAGCAUUACCCAUCUUCUACGGCUGCAACAUUUUCGAGACCCCCUCCCCACCUUCGGCACAUCGCUUCCUAAAACAGCUUGCUCCCGAGAACAUUGCUCGAAUACGACUUUUCAGGCCAAUCGACCUGAUCCUACCACUGUCAGUUCACAGGAGAUGGUCCGAUGCGCUGAGAGGAAACCUGAACCGCUUGGUUGCAGAUAGUGGGAAGGGCGCGUUGAGUUCAGACGCGGUCCACGUUCCGAUCAGAAAUGAUGCUGGAGAGGCUUCUUGGUGCAAACUCGAUGCGAUUGAAGACUUCAAGAUUGUGCCUGGGAGCGAAGGCAGGUGGAGCAUCGAAUGGAGGGAGACAUCGUAG